AUGAUUCAAGAUGAAUGCCACCAGAAGAAGGGCUUUGACAGCAAGAUCAUCAGGCAGUUUCAAGAGAUCAAUGCAGUCACAGAGAAGCAAGACUAUGCUCCAGUCACCUGGCUGCUCUCUGGAACACUGUAUGAUAAAGAAUCAACAGACAUGCUCUUCUGGAUGAUGAUACUGGCCUCUAACAAAUGGGCUAGAGUGCAGCUACUGAUCAGCAAGAAGCAGCUGUCCAGAACAGAACAGAUCAAGUUCUGGUCAGCAGCACACCAGUUUGAUCAGAUACUUGAGUAUCUGAUAAUCCACUACACCACUGAGACAAGUUGGUUUGACAAACCCAUCAUAAAGCUGCCCUGCAACCACCAUCAUGAUGUUCUCUGCAGUCUAGAGCCCAAGGUCAGAAACAAGCUCCAGCAGUGUGAGCAGCAUGAAAUUCAAAAACUAAAAGACAGCUACAUGAGAAGCCUACAGAAAUGGAAGAAGCACAGUCAAGAAUCUAAAUCUGAGCUUUCCAGCCAGAUCUUUUUCAAGAAGUUGUGCAUAAACUAG